CACGGAAGGUCGGCUUCCUGCCCUUACGCUUCCGUCGGCUUCGUUCAAACAAGCCGCUUUCGCCAGCACCCAAUCAGAACGCCCGAUCUUCGGCCGCCGCCCAAUGAGCGCGUGUAAUGGGGGAAAAAAAAGGGCGUGAAGCCCAAUCGCAGCGCCAUCACACUUGAGGGCAAAGAGGUUAGGAAGCCGGCAUGGCGCUCCGGUCAAUAAAAUCGAUAGCUGGAAGCUGCCUGUGUUCCAGGCUAAGGCGGUGCGGUAGCGGCGCCGCCAUCUUCCCCGAAGGCAUCUUCCGGUGCCUUUCACCGAAGUUCGGGCAGGAGUUUCCUGAAUAACAGCAAAAGGUUUCCGUUAGCCCCGCAAGGCGGCUGAUUCCGAUUCCCUCAGGGCCUCCCCAGGCACGCUCAGCUCCGGGCCGGCGGGGGUUCCCAAAUCCCGGGGUCCGCCGGGGGUCCAGGCCGGGACGGGGAAGGCCGUGGCGCCGGCUCCUGGGGUCCAAUGGCGCCACCUUCGGCUCCGCUCUCCGCGCGGGGACCAGGAGAGGCCGGACCCGGCCGGAGAAGGGGAAGGAGGCCGAGGGCGGUGAAGUUCGCGGACGUGGCCGUGUACUUCUCCCCGGAGGAGUGGGGCUGUCUGCGGCCCGCGCAGAGGGCCCUGUACCGGGACGUGAUGCGGGAGACCUACGGCCACCUGGGCGCGCUCGGGUGCGCAGGUCCCAAACCAGCCCUCAUCUCCUGGUUGGAACGAAAUACCGAUGAUUGGGAACCGGCCGCCCUGGAUCCGCAGGAGUGCCCAAGGGGGUUAACAGUCCAAAGAAAAACCAGAACCAGAAAGAAGGACGGAGAGAAGGAAGUGUUCCCACCUAAGGAGGCGCCCCGAAAGGGCAAGCGAGGCCGGCGGCCCAGCAAACCCCGCCUGAUCCCCAGGCAGACUUCUGGGGGCCCCAUCUGCCCUGACUGUGGUUGCACCUUCCCUGAUCGGCUGGCCCUGGAGAGCCACAAGUGUGCCCAGAAUCUGAAAAAGCCUUACCCUUGCCCAGACUGCGGCCGCCGCUUUUCCUACCCCUCCCUGCUGGUCAGUCACCGGCGGGCACACUCUGGCGAGUGUCCCUAUGUCUGUGACCAGUGUGGCAAACGUUUCUCCCAGCGCAAGAACCUCUCGCAGCACCAGGUCAUCCACACAGGCGAGAAGCCCUACCACUGCCCUGACUGUGGCCGCUGCUUCCGGAGGAGCCGGUCCCUGGCCAAUCACCGGACCACGCACACCGGCGAAAAACCCCACCAGUGCCCCAGCUGCGGGCGGCGCUUUGCCUACCCCUCCCUGCUAGCCAUCCACCAGCGCACGCACACGGGCGAGAAGCCCUACACCUGCUUGGAAUGCAACCGCCGCUUCCGACAGCGCACCGCCCUGGUCAUCCACCAGCGCAUCCACACGGGCGAGAAGCCCUACCCGUGUCCAGACUGCGAGCGGCGCUUCUCCUCGUCCUCUCGCCUGGUCAGCCACCGGCGGGUGCACUCCGGGGAGCGCCCCUACGCCUGCGAGCACUGCGAGGCCCGCUUCUCCCAGCGCAGCACGCUGCUCCAGCACCAGCUCUUGCACACUGGGGAGAAGCCCUACCCGUGCCCGGACUGCGGCCGUGCCUUCCGGCGGAGCGGCUCGCUGGCCAUCCACCGCAGCACGCACACCGAGGAGAAGCUGCACGCCUGCGACGACUGUGGCCGCCGCUUCGCCUACCCCUCGCUCCUGGCCAGUCACCGGCGCGUGCACUCAGGCGAGCGGCCCUACGCGUGCGACCUGUGCUCCAAACGCUUCGCCCAGUGGAGCCACCUCGCGCAGCACCAGCUCCUGCACACCGGGGAGAAGCCCUUCCCCUGCCUGGAGUGUGGCCGUUGCUUCCGCCAGAGGUGGUCUCUGGCCGUCCACAAGUGUAGCCCCGGGGCCGCUAUAGGGGGCGCCGGCCAGAAGGGCAGUGCCCUUUAGUACGGGAAGGACGGUAGAUUCUCACUUCACUUCGUGGAGGGGUCCAGGGAAGGAGAAGCCCCGGGUCGUACAAGGCAGAGUCCGCAGGAAAACCCAGGUCUCCUGCUACGGAGACCUGAACUUUAGUAUAUUUCACCACACUGGCUGCCGUACUGCUUGUGUCUAGAACGGACAGUCCCAUUAGGACAGGGGACAUCGCGUGGCUCUUUUCCAGGCUACCCUAUCCUGAAAGAAUUUGUGUGUGUGGAUAUCAGGGCUAAAAGUUCUCCCAUCUAUCUUAGGGGCUGUUUGCUUUUCUAGUUUGUGCAUACAGGGAUCACCUGUCCCCUUGUAUACAGUCCGGAGAAUCCCCUUUGUGGGGGGCAGUAUCUUGCCCUACUCUGCCCCUUCCUCCAUACCAGCGUUAAACAAACCUGGUUUAGCCCCCUUUUUUUCAACACUCCUGCCAAGUGGUUUUUUUACCCUUGCUUUAAAAACCUCCCUUGACAGGGAGCUCACUACCUCACAAGGCAGGUCAUUUCACUGUGGGAUAGCUCUGAUUUUUAGAAGGUAGUUAAGUACUACCUUCUCCUUCCCUAGAAGUCUUGCCCAGAGUAUAUAAUACUUCAUCUACAUGACAGCAUUUCAGAUAACCACAGCUGCUUUGCCCGUGUUUUCAGGUUAAACAGCAUUAUUUGGUCAAUCAUUCCUUAAAGACAGGGUUUCAGUCCCCACACGUGCUUUCUCUCCAACGUUCCUUUUAAAGGGUCAUGCAAAAAUAAGCCAGCACCACAGUGUGCACGGUACACCUUGGUCUCUACUUGUUUUGACAGCUCUAGAUUGCACUGAAUUUGGGGGUGGUGACACUGUAGCAGGGCUUCAUUGGGCGGCAGACACAUAACAUACCUAAGCCUUUUUUUUUUUUUUAAACCACAUACUGUGAAGUUAAGUCUUCUGCCCCCUGUGUUUGGAAAAUUGAUUCAAGUUGGGUCUGGGACAUAGGUAAAGUGAGCUUUGGGAAAAGACUGAUUUUAAGGAGAAGGAGGGGAGCUGUGGUCUAGCAGCAAGAGUAAAACUGGCACUAGUCUGUACUUCAUCCAGUGGAUUUGGAUUAGUUCCAGGCAGCCAGUGGCUAGAAAAUCCUUGAGAACUGGGCCUCACUCCUCCCUGAUUCUCAACCGAAUAAGGAGACAUCAGCACAGAACCUUCCAUGAGUCCUCAGUCAACAUUUUUCAUAAAGUGAGAUGAGGCUGUUCAAGGAGGGUAGAAAGUUAAGUAAUUGAAUACAGGGCAGGAAGGAGUCUACAGUCAUCAAGUUGUGUUCAUGCCUGCCUUCCUUACAGAAGCUCCCAGAGCAGUGGCGGCAAUGUGUCUUAAUCUUUGAUAUGCCUCCCUGGCACCCACCCCUGAGUAGAUGCUCAGUAAAGCUUUACUGCAUUCAAUGAUCAAGGCCUACCACUUUGCCUUGGGUAGCUGCACCAAAUUGGAAUUUUCAGACACGACUUCUCUCCUAUUCAACAGCUGGAGUGGGUCAUGUUCCUACCCCUGUUGCUUGUUUCUUCAGCUCUCCCAAUCUCAGCCCCAAAGUGGGAGAGCAGCUGGGGAACACAGUGUUUGUAAUUACCUCUGUGGUAUUUAGCAAGUUGCAUUGUAACUGUUGGUCUGUUUCUCCUUGGAUGAAUGGAUGAGCUGCCCCAACACCGACCGGGGUCAUACCAGAUUGGGUCUCAUUAAAAUGUCGAUAAAUGAUGUUUCUUGUUGAAUCACUGUUUAUAAAACAUAAGUCUAGGUCCUUGACUGGGUAAAAAUUUUUAGUUCUGAUGGAGACCUGCCUUCUAACAGAGCUAUUCGAAUGUCUGCCUAGCUCUGCAUUAGAGCUGGCUAUUCUACUUUUAUCACCAGGCUGAUCCAACUCUUUAUCUAGGAAUUUUGUAACUUUCUUUGGGCCUGGAUUGUAACUCCUAAGACUUGGAGGCCAAGUUCCAGUGUGUGUGCAGUCAGUGGAGGACCAAGAUGAUCGACAACUUCCUAGGUCCCCUAAGGCACUUCAGUCCCAGCAUCCAUUCCUGACCAGUUGUGAUCCUGGCCCUGUUUUCAGCGGGAGAUCCCAGUAUCCUUCCAAUUUGUUCCCCCUUCUGUUUCAGGUAGUUUGUUUCUGUUACUUGCAACCCAAAGAAUAAACGAAUCCACCAUCCCAGUAUGGAUUUAUUGCCCAUAAGCUUUGAAGAGGGGAAAAUUGCAGUGCUGCUGAGAGGAGCCAGCACGACCCCUUUCCUGAUCUCCAACCUCAGUGAGCCUUCACCUUCAGUAUGACUUAAGUCUUCCCUACAUCCUUAACCAGUGAAUACCUUCUCUUCCACUAAAACCCAAGGUUUCAAAUAGGAAUUCAACAUUCCACUCCCCACUGACUCCACGUUUACCAGUACUUAGGUGUGACGCUCACCAACAUAGCUGUGCUUGAUUUCAUCUACUGCCCUCUCGGGGACUUUGCUACAUCUGUUAUUCUUUCUCUCCUCUUAGUUUUAUGGUUUCAGAGUCCCUCUCCUAUCUGGAACACACACAUGCCAAUCUAAAAUCUGUCUUUUUUAAAGAUUUUAUUUUUAAGUAAUCUCUACACCCCACAUGGGGCUCGAACUCGCAGCCCCAAGAUCAAGAGUCGCAUGCUCUACUAACUGAGCCCGCCAGGCGCCCCUCAGCUAAAUUUCUUGAAACAGUAGCUUACAUUCACUGUAUUCUUUGGCCUACUGCAACAGCAUUUAUGAUGGGCCAGGUACUGUGUCUUAACACUUUAUAUGCAUUCCAAUGUGAUGUGUAUGAGAACCCCACAAAGUAGUUGUUUGGAGAUACGCUUCCAUGUGUCUCUCGCAUUGCCCCAUAUCUUGCUGAGUAUGCCAAAAAUGGCAAGGCCUUGCCUUCAACAAAUUGUCAGAUGAGCUGAUUCCAGACCUAGAGCCUUUUGAGUGAGGAAAGGUUGAGUCCCUUGAUGAAGGACUAUGUUAUAUUGGCAAAAAUGUGCUGAAUAUCUUCCUUUUAGCCUUUUCCAAAGGUACCAUUUCCCAGGGUGGCAGGAUACAGGAAAAGGGAAAGUAACUAGAGUUGUCAGGGAUUACUGGACAUUGGAUCUAGACACAUUCUAAUUCUUGGAGAUCCAAAACAUCACUGUAGUUCACCAGGCAGUGGACUCAUGAAGAUCAGGCAUGUACAGAAAAGGGUUAACUCAGCAGGCCUAGGUUGCUCAAACCCUGCACAUUCCAAAGAAAGCUCAUCUUCAGGACUAGCACUUGGCUCAUUCCUGGGAGAUAAAUUCCGAGCCCUUGUAAUAUUUUGCCUGAUUAGGGUGUUUUCAUAUGCUGGAGGCCUCGAGCCAUGCUGUACCAGUCUGACCAGAUGAGUUUAUCCUAACAAUGUGGUUUAUGAUGAAUGCCUGUUUUUGCUCUGGGAGACAGUCUGAGUAGCUGAGAUCAGUCAUGUGAGUACUCCAUGUCUGUGUAACUGACUCCCCAAUAAAAACCCCAGACACCAGGCUUUGGGUGAGUUUCUCCAGUUGGCAACAGUUCACACAUACUGUCACAAGUCAUUGUUGGGAGAAUAAAGUGCAUCCCUGUGCAACUCCA